CCAACAACAAAACAGCGAUGCCAGGGCGCUAACGGCGCCCGGUGCCUCCUGGGCUCCCUCCCGCCCCACACCUCCUCGGGCCGCCGCCCCCACUCCCCCACGUCCCGGCCGAGAGCCCCCCCAACUCGCCGCGCCGCGAGCUCCGAGCGCGAUCGGCAACAAUGUUUACGUUCCGGGGAUUAUGACGUCGACGCCUCCCCCCCCCACAACUGCUGAAAAUGGUUUCCUAGGACUUUGCAAACGGAUCUGCCUAAGUGUUGGUGCAAAACUUUGUAGAUCUCGGCUCUGGCUUGCUUUAUUUAUUUAUUUUUUGGUUUGUUUUCUUUGGUCUUCCCUCCUUCCUCCCUCGGCCAAAAUGCAGGGGGCAGGAGUGUUGACAAUUAAUUGGUGAACUCUCCUAAAAAAAUGGAGGCAGAGAAAGACUCUGGAAGAAGAUUGCGCCCGAUUGACCGCCAGCGAUACGACGAGAACGAGGACUUGUCGGACGUGGAGGAGAUCGUCAGCGUCCGCGGCUUCAACCUGGAGGAGAAGCUUCGCAGUCAGCUGUACCAGGGGGACUUCGUGCACGCCAUGGAGGGCAAAGAUUUCAACUAUGAGUACGUACAGAGAGAAGCUCUCAGGGUUCCCCUGAUAUUUCGAGAAAAGGAUGGACUGGGAAUUAAGAUGCCUGACCCUGAUUUCACAGUCCGAGACGUCAAACUCCUAGUGGGGAGCCGACGGCUUGUGGACGUGAUGGAUGUGAACACCCAGAAGGGCACGGAGAUGAGCAUGUCCCAGUUUGUGCGAUACUACGAGACGCCCGAGGCCCAGCGGGACAAGCUGUACAACGUCAUCAGUCUGGAGUUCAGCCACACCAAGCUGGAGCACUUGGUCAAGCGUCCGACCGUGGUAGACCUAGUGGACUGGGUGGACAACAUGUGGCCCCAGCAUCUGAAGGAAAAGCAGACAGAAGCCACGAACGCCAUUGCAGAGAUGAAGUACCCGAAAGUAAAGAAGUACUGUCUGAUGAGUGUGAAAGGUUGUUUCACUGACUUCCACAUCGACUUUGGAGGCACUUCCGUUUGGUACCACGUUUUCCGAGGUGGGAAGAUUUUUUGGCUGAUUCCUCCAACGCUGCACAAUUUGGCGCUGUAUGAGGAGUGGGUGCUGUCAGGCAAACAGAGUGACAUCUUUCUGGGAGACCGUGUGGAACGAUGCCAAAGAAUUGAGCUGAAACAGGGCUACACAUUUUUCAUCCCUUCCGGUUGGAUCCAUGCCGUCUACACCCCUGUAGACUCAUUGGUCUUCGGCGGAAACAUCCUGCAUAGCUUUAACGUGCCCAUGCAGCUGCGGAUCUACGAGAUUGAGGACAGAACACGGGUGCAGCCAAAAUUCCGUUACCCCUUCUACUAUGAGAUGUGCUGGUAUGUCCUGGAGAGAUACGUGUACUGUGUGACCCAGCGCUCCCACCUCACUCAGGAAUACCAGAGGGAGUCGAUGCUUAUUGAUGCCCCGAGGAAGCCCAGCAUAGACGGUUUCUCUUCGGAUUCCUGGCUGGAGAUGGAGGAGGAGGCCUGUGAUCAGCAGCCUCAGGAGGAGGAGGAGAAGGAUGAGGAGGGCGAGGGCAGAGACAGGACGCCCAAGCCACCCACCGAGGGCUCUGCCUCACCCACCAGCACACCCUCUGAGGACCAGGAGGCCCCCGGGAAGAAGCCCAAAGCGCCUGCCCUGCGGUUCCUCAAAAGGACUUUGUCCAACGAGUCAGAGGAGAGUGUCAAGUCCACCACGCUGCCCGUGGACUACCCCAAGACGCCCACUGGCUCUCCUGCUGCGGAGGCUGCUGCCAAAUGGACCCAUCUCACCGAGUUUGAACUGAAGGGCCUGAAAGCUCUGGUGGAGAAACUGGAAUCCCUUCCAGAGAACAAGAAGUGUGUCCCUGAGGGCAUCGAGGACCCCCAGGCACUCCUGGAGGGUGUGAAGAAUGUUCUGAAGGAGCAUGCAGAUGAUGACCCUAGUCUGGCCAUCACUGGGGUCCCUGUGGUGACUUGGCCAAAGAAGACUCCAAAGAACCGGGCUGUGGGUCGGCCCAAGGGGAAGCUGGGCCCGACCUCCGCGGUGAAGUUGGCCGCCAACCGGACAACUGCAGGAGCUCGGCGACGCCGGACGCGAUGCCGCAAGUGCGAGGCCUGCCUGCGGACCGAGUGCGGAGAGUGCCACUUCUGCAAGGACAUGAAGAAGUUCGGGGGCCCCGGGCGCAUGAAGCAGAGCUGCAUCAUGCGGCAGUGCAUCGCGCCAGUGCUGCCCCACACCGCCGUGUGCCUCGUGUGUGGCGAGGCGGGGAAGGAAGACACGGUGGAAGAAGAGGAAGGCAAGUUUAACCUCAUGCUCAUGGAGUGCUCCAUCUGCAAUGAAAUCAUCCACCCCGGAUGCCUUAAGAUUAAGGAGUCAGAGGGUGUGGUCAACGAUGAGCUUCCAAACUGCUGGGAGUGUCCGAAGUGUAACCAUGCCGGCAAGACCGGGAAACAAAAGCGUGGCCCUGGCUUUAAGUACGCCUCCAACCUGCCCGGCUCCCUGCUCAAGGAGCAGAAGAUGAACCGGGACAACAAGGAAGGGCAGGAGCCUGCCAAGCGGAGGAGUGAGUGUGAGGAGGCACCCCGGCGCAGGUCGGACGAGCACCCCAAGAAGGCGCCCCCAGACGGCGUCCUGCGAAGGAAGUCUGACGAUGUGCACCUGAGGAAGAAGCGGAAAUACGAGAAGCCCCAGGAGCUGAGUGGACGCAAGCGGCUUAAACCUGGCAAAGAAGAUAAGCUUUUCAGGAAAAAGCGGCGGUCCUGGAAGAACGCGGAGGACCGCAUGGCACUGGCCAACAAGCCCCUCCGGCGCUUCAAGCAAGAACCCGAGGACGAUCUGCCUGAGGCACCCCCCAAGACCAGGGAGAGCGACCACUCCCGCUCCAGCUCGCCCACUGCGGGACCCAGCACUGAGGGGGCUGAGGGCCCAGAGGAGAAGAAGAAGGUGAAGAUACGCCGGAAGCGGCGGCUCCCCAACAAGGAGCUCAGCAGGGAGCUGAGCAAGGAGCUCAACCACGAGAUCCAGAGAACGGAGAGCAGCCUGGCCAACGAGAACCAGCAGCCCAUCAAGUCAGAGCCUGAGAGUGAGGGCGAGGAGCCCAGGCGGCCCCCGGGUGUCUGCGAGCGCCCCCACCGCUUCAGCAAGGGGCUCAACGGCACCCCCCGGGAGCUGCGGCACCAGUUGGGGCCUGGCCUGCGCAGCCCGCCCCGAGUCAUCUCCCGGCCCCCGCCCUCUGUGUCCCCGCCCAAGUGUAUCCAGAUGGAGCGCCAUGUGAUCCGGCCACCCCCCAUCAGCCCCCCGCCUGACUCACUGCCCCUGGAUGACGGGGCAGCCCACGUCAUGCACAGGGAGGUGUGGAUGGCCGUCUUCAGCUACCUCAGCCACCAAGACCUGUGUGUCUGCAUGCGGGUCUGCAGGACCUGGAACCGCUGGUGCUGUGAUAAGCGGUUGUGGACCCGCAUUGACCUGAACCACUGCAAGUCUAUCACACCCCUGAUGCUGAGCGGCAUCAUCCGGCGACAGCCCGUCUCCCUCGACCUCAGCUGGACCAAUAUCUCCAAGAAGCAGCUGAGCUGGCUCAUCAACCGGCUGCCUGGGCUCCGGGACUUGGUGCUGUCGGGCUGCUCAUGGAUCGCAGUCUCUGCCCUUUGCAGCUCCAGUUGUCCACUGCUUCGGACCCUGGAUGUUCAGUGGGUAGAGGGACUGAAGGAUGCCCAGAUGCGGGAUCUCCUGUCCCCGCCCACAGAUAACAGGCCAGGUCAGAUGGACAAUCGGAGCAAGCUCCGGAACAUCGUGGAGUUGCGCCUGGCAGGCCUGGACAUCACGGACGCCUCCCUGCGGCUCAUCAUCCGCCACAUGCCCCUGCUCUCUAAGCUCCAUCUCAGUUACUGUAACCACGUCACCGACCAGUCCAUCAACCUGCUCACCGCUGUCGGCACCACCACCCGAGACUCCUUAACCGAGAUCAACCUGUCUGACUGCAAUAAGGUCACUGAUCAGUGCCUGUCCUUCUUCAAACGCUGUGGAAACAUCUGUCAUAUUGACCUGAGGUACUGCAAGCAAGUCACCAAGGAAGGCUGUGAGCAGUUCAUAGCCGAGAUGUCUGUGAGUGUCCAGUUUGGGCAAGUGGAAGAAAAACUCCUGCAAAAACUGAGUUAGUCCAAGGACAAGUAUGUAAAUAUGGGGUGGGCUCUGGGAGGGGGAAAGACUUUACAAAAAUGAGGGCUUUUAUUUUCCACUUGGAACUUGGGACAACAGACCACAAAGCAAUUCCAUUUUGCAAGUCUUUCCAAGGGAGAAGCUGUUCAACCACCCGUUUGGGGGAUGUGUGAGCCGACACUUUCCUUUGCUCUAAGUCGUAACUGCACUGCUUUCUGGACCAUUUCUAAGGUGGCUUUUAUAAGAAGACAUUCCCGUCGGAGAGGAGGGUGGACUGUGGAGAAAUUCUCAUACUGAAGCGUGAGCUUAGGAGUUUCUGUUGGUGGUGGUGGUGGUGUUUUGAACACUUCAUUCCUUGCAACUCUGAGGUUUUGGGUGUUGACAUCAAGUGGACCACACACCACAUCUGCUGCCGUCUUGACACACUUUUUGUUUGGUUUUGUUACAUCUUACAUUAUGCAGAACUAUUUUUGUACAAAUUGUUUAAAAGUUAUUUAUGCAAGGUUUGAAUGCAUACCAGUGUUUUUAUUGUUUUGAGAUUGCCAAUUUUCCUGAUUUCCUUAAGGUAGGAGAGAACUUAACAUGUACUUCAUUGACACAACCCAUCUACGAAUGUGCCCAGAUCUAACAAAGCAGGCUAAGACCUUCCAGUUAAAAGCAUGUUUAAUUGGAAGUUGAGAGCCUGCUUUGUACCUCAAGAGUUUCAUGAGCAUGUUGUGGAUAAAUGUAAAUUAUAGUCGAAGUAAGAUACUUUGCCAAGUUUCCUCUGUAGAGAAUUCACUUUUCUCAAAUUUUAAAAUUUCGACUUCAGCCUUUGCACUCAGGAGGGUCUGCUCCAGCAUGAGCUCUUGUACUUACAUAGAUCUAAUUUAUACAGUGAGUCAAGACGUAGAAUAAAUUCUCCCACAUAGCCUUUCUUUUCGUUUUUUCUCUCCUCUGAAGUGUGGGUUGAGUUCUCAUUUAGGUUUGUAACAUGGCUAUUUCCUAGUUGUAAGGUUCUGCAUUUAUAAGUGCCAUUGUUGUAAGGUGGUGUUUCCUAGACCUUCCCUGAUUCGAUUUUACCUUUGUUGAGUUUGUAUAAACAAUUGUACAAAAAAAAAAACAAAACACUCUUGAACUUGGAGGGUUUUUGUUCUAGGAAUAGACUAGAAGUUUAAGCCCAGAGUCAGUAAACACUCUUUUGAGGCCCAAA